AACAAUAAAGCGAAACACGUUAAAACAAGAUAAGCCUGCAGUCAUUAUGAAAACUAUUAAUGAAACUAAGAUAACUAAACCAUAUAUAUUAAUACACAUCGCAAACGUUUAAACGUACACAACACAGUUUGCCCAGAUACAGAGAGACGUGGCGUUCGCACACAAAUUGCUGUAACCGUAAUAUAAAACAUACCGUGAAAACUGAUCAAUCACGUUAAGUAUUUUCACACUAUGAAGUUGCCAUCGUUGAGAAUAUUCGAUUGAUAAAUAUUACCGCAUGCCUCAGUGGUCGAAUUGUUAGCGAUUCAUACGGAACAAAAAGAUUUCGAUAUCGACCUUUCUCGGUAAGAUGUCUCAUCAAUCUGAAACCGUUGACAGUUCCGCGACACGGCAGUACACGGUUGGAAAUGGAACACCGUAUUCCGUAGACAGUGAUAUCGUCAUCACGGGCAUAUCCGGCCGUCUGCCUAGGUCGUCCAAUAUUGAGGAAUUUAAGGAGAAUCUGAUGAACAACAUGGACAUGGUCUCUGAUGACGAACGUCGUUGGUCAACAGACAUCCCCGAGUUACCAAGAUAUGCUAAGAUCAAGGACCUCAGCAGCCUCGAUGCCACUUUUUUCGAAAUAUCACCUAAAAUGGCACAUGUAAUGGACCCACAGAGUCGCAUGAUGUUAGAAGUCACAUACGAGGCGAUAGUUGACGCUGGAUUUAAUCCCUCGACUUUGAGAGGAUCGCGUACGGGGGUGUUCGUCGGUGUCACUUUAUCAGAAACAGAUACGUCUUUGAUGAACAAUAUAGACGCCAUAAGUGGAUAUGAAGUACUCGGGUGUUCGAAAUCAAUGUUCGCCAACAGAAUCUCCUACUGUUUUGACUUUAAUGGACCUAGUUACGCGGUGGACUCGGCAUGUUCCUCGGCCUUGUACAGCGUGCAUCAGGCAGUCAACUCAAUGCGCAUGGGUGAAUGCGAUGCUGCGAUUGUCGGUGGAUUGAAUAUCGUAUUAAGACCAGAGAGAUCGACUCAAUAUUAUAGAAUGAAUAUGCUGGCCGAGGAUGGCAAGUGCAAAGUGUUCGACGCUUCGGCUAAUGGUUACGUGAGGGCCGAGGCGGUAGUGGCGAUAUAUUUGCAAAAGGUGAAGGAUGCGCGCAGAGUAUACGCCACGGUAGUUCACACAAAAACAAACUGUGACGGCUACAAAUUUCAAGGUAUCACGUACCCCAGUGGUGAAAUGCAAAAUCGAUUGUUACGCGAGAUCUACAAUGAGGUGGGAGUUAAUCCUACAGACGUCAGUUACGUAGAGACCCAUGGUACCGGUACCAAAGUAGGUGAUCCAAAGGAAGUCAAUACCAUCGUCGAACUGUUCUGCAAAGAUAGAAACACUCCUUUGCUGAUUGGAUCAGUCAAAUCCAAUAUGGGCCACUCGGAAACAGCCAGUGGAUUAUGCUCGAUCGCCAAAGUGCUCAUAGCGAUGGAAGCGGGCGUAAUCCCCGCGAAUUUGCACUAUAAAACUCCGAAUCCAAACAUCCCUGGCUUAAACGAGGGACGCAUUCGAGUGGUCGACGAGGCCACAUCGUGGAACGGUGGUCUCGUAGGCGUCAACGCAUUCGGUUUCGGCGGUGCAAAUGCCCACAUCCUUCUGCGCAGUAAUCCGAAACCAAAAUUGUCACCUCUAUUGAAUGCCGAACUGUUGCCCAGAUUGGUCACUGUAUCAGGUCGAACGGAAGAAGCUGUGCAUACCUUGCUAGAUAAAGCGAAAGAGUAUCGUAAAGACAAAGAGUUUCUUUCACUGUUACACAUCAUACACAAUAACGAUAUCCACGGCCACAAGAUUCGCGGUUACGAGAUACUUAGCGUAGAUGGUACGCGUGAAAUUGACGAGGUACCGAGUUAUAAUGAAAGGCGGCCAAUAUGGUUUAUAUUUUCCGGUAUGGGAACGCAAUGGCCAGGCAUGGGUCACCAAUUGUUAGCUAUUGAUACUUUUCAAUGUAGCUUGCGGCGAUGCGCUGACGUAUUAAAACCUCACGGCAUCGACCUCAUGAAUAUCAUCAUGAAUGCCACGGACGAAAUGUACGAGGACGUGAUAGAAACCUUUGUAUCUAUCGUGGCUAUGCAGAUCGCCCUCGUAGACAUUUUAACGUUGAUAGGUAUACAUCCGGACGGCGUAGUCGGACACUCCCUUGGAGAAAUGGGUUGCGCUUAUGCUGACGGCACAUUUACGCUGGAACAGGCAAUCUUAACGUCUUACUAUAGGGGCAAGGCGAUUAUAGACUCCACGUUAAAGCCAGGUGCUAUGGCGGCAGUUGGUUUAAGCUGGAAGGAGGUCAGAAAUUUGUGCCCGCCAGACAUCUAUCCAGCUUGUCACAAUUCCGUCGACUCUGUUACUAUUGCUGGUCCAACUGAUGCAAUGCACAAGUUCGUACAAAUACUUAAGAGUAAAGAUAUCUUUGUCAAGAUGGUAAAAUCUCCCGGCUUUGCCUUCCACACCAAACAUAUCGCUUCGUCCAAACCUAAACUACUUGCUUCGCUUCAGAAGAUCAUACCAAGCCCGAAACGGAGGUCGGCCAGAUGGAUCUCUAGCUCCGUACCCGAGGCGGAAUGGAAUAGUCCGCUCGCGCAGUUCAAUUCUGCCGCGUAUCACACGAAUAAUUUUUUGUCUCCCGUGCUUUUCCAGGAGGCAAUCACACAUAUCCCAGAGAACGCGAUAACGAUCGAAAUCGGGCCGCACUGUUUGUUUCAGAGAAUCUUGCGCAAAUCGUUACCGCCAACUGUCACCAAUAUCAACCUCCAGAAGCGAGAACAUUCGGACAAUUUAGCUUACCUCCUGUCUAACGUGGGCAAGCUGUACAUAGCCGGUGCGCAACCUGACAUUUCCAAAUUCUAUCCACCGGUGAGUUUCCCUGUCGGUCGCGGAACACCGAUGAUCGGGUCCCUCGUCAGGUGGGAUCACUCAGCCACGUGGAAUGUGGCCGUUUUGGAACAGACAUCGGAUCACUCGAGAGAGUGUAUUGUCCAAAUAGAUAUGUCAAAAGAAACGGACGCGUAUUUGGCGGGACACCAGAUAAACGGACGAGUUAUUUUUUCAGCAGCUAGCUAUAUACUGCUGGCGUGGAAAACUUUGGCAAAACUGCGCAAUGUCGAUUUUGAACGAUUGCCGGUAAUAUUCCACAAUCUGAGGUUUCAGCGAGCAACAGUUCUGCCUAUAAAGGGAACAGUAAAAUUGUCGAUAACCAUCUUCAAGGGAACGGGAGAUUUUGAGAUCUGCGAGGGUGAUACGAUUGUCGUCAGCGGAAACGUGCGCGUAUCCGAGAGUAUUGAGAAAGAUCAGUUGACGCUACCAUCAAUUUCACCUGCUAAUAAAGAGAUUUUACCGCUGAAUACCAAAGACAUUUACAAGGAACUAAGGUUGCGCGGAUACGAGUAUCGUGAUAUCUUCCAAGGAAUCAAAUCUUGCGAUAACUACGCCGUUGCCGGCGAACUUUACUGGUUUAAUCACUGGGAUCCAUACGUAGACAGCAUGCUUCAUUUAAAUAUACUGUCCAGCAGCCACAGACUUAUGUAUACACCGUCGUAUCUCCAGUACGUCGCCAUCGACCCUGUUCUUCAUAAACAACUGGUGCAAGAUUUACCAGAAGAUGAAGGAUUGCCGGUGUAUCAAUACAAGAACAUCGAUAUCGUUAAAUCUGGCGGUAUCGAGAUUAGGGGAAUGAUGAAAUAUACAUUGGCACCUCGAAAACAGCAGGAUCGUACUAAAUACGAACGGUACACUUUCGUGCCUUAUGAAAAUUUGUACAGUCUAGCAGACGAUGGAACGAAAGAAAGACUGCAUGCGAUCACUGUACUUGUGCACAUCAUGUGUGAAAACAUAAUGUCAAUGAAAUUAAAAAUUGUGGAAGUUGUAGGAGAUCGAACUGCGGAAGCUCUUUCGGCGCCGCUUAUUUUCGACAUUCUUUAUGACCAAUUAAACUCACCUAUCAUUAAUUUACAUAUUGCAAUUUCUGCCAAUAACUCUAUCUCAAGUUUGACUCAACUGUACGUGAACGCUAACAUCAUAACGCGAGACGUGAAUAAGGAGCCUCCCGCUCAAGAUGUGCACCUGGUCAUAGCGGCGGACGUUCUAUCUAAUCAAUCUUAUACCGUCCUCAAAAACUUGGUGGCUGCCUUAAAACCUGGUUGUUUCAUUCUUCUGGAAGAGACCGCUGCACAAUUAGAUUUCGGGACCGCGUUGCAGGACAAUGAUCUAACAUUGGCUGGAAAACAAACCGAUUCUGUAAAGACUUACGUAUUGUUAAAGAAGCGACAGAAAAAGAGAGAACCGAUAAUAACUCAAAUUACAGAGAAAAAUCUAUCGUGGCUGGAAAGUUUAAAAGCUGCACUGAAGGAAUCUGAUAGCAAAGAUCAAGAAGUGCUCCUUUUAUCCCAGGGCGAAGAAACGCUUGGCUUGGUCGGUCUUAUGACUUGCAUACGACGCGAGUUAGGCGGCGCCAAUGCACGUUAUGUCUUCAUCCAGGACAAAAACGCCCCCAAGUUUGGCUUAUCUGUGCCGUUUUACUUGGAGCAAUUGGACAAAGGUUUGAUGGCAAACGUUCUGAAAGGUGGACAAUGGGGCAGUUAUCGACACUUGCUAUUGGAUCAACAGAGCAAUGUGUCUCGUGUGUAUACGGAGCAUGCCUAUGUGAACACAUUGACAAAUGGAGAUCUCAGUAGCUUGACAUGGUUCAAAAGCCCGUUAUGUUACUACCGUCCUGAAAAUUUUCCAAAUACGAUUCUUUGCAAUGUAUACUAUACUUCAUUGAACUUCAAGGAUAUUAUGUUGGCGAGUGGCAAAUUACAAACGGACACUUCGCCACGGAAUUCAGCUACUAAAGACUGUGUGUUGGGCCUUGAAUUUUCCGGAAGAGACACUGAUGGUCGUCGCGUGAUGGGCAUAGUUGAAGCUAUGGGUUUGGCAACCACAGUAGCCGCGGAUCUUGAUUUUCUUUGGAAGGUACCAGACCAGUGGACGUUGGAACAGGCAGCAACGAUACCUGUCGCUUACGCAACUAGUUACUAUGCUCUGUUUAUAAGGGGUCGAUUGAAAGCGGGUGAAAGCGUGUUAAUUCACGCUGGUACAGGCGGCGUUGGUCAAGCAGCAAUCGCGAUUGCUCUGCACGCUGGUUGUACCGUCUUUACUACCGUUGGCACGCUGGAAAAGAGACAAUAUCUCAAGAAAAUCUUCCCGCAAUUAAACGAAAGACACAUCGGUAAUUCCCGAGAUACGAAAUUUGAACAGCUAAUACGUGACGAGACUCAGGGACGUGGAGUCGAUGUUGUGCUGAAUUCACUGGCAGAUGAGAAAUUGCAAGCUGGCAUUCGAUGCCUGGCGUUCGAUGGCCGUUUCCUCGAGAUCGGUAAAUAUGAUUCGUCUAAGGACAGCCGCAUAGGAAUGUCAAUGUUUUUGAAGAAUAUCUCUUUCCACGGCAUACUGUUGGAUGCGCUGUUCAGAGAAAGCAACACGGAGAAAAGGGAAUUGACAAAACUAGUUUCGGAGGGAAUCAAGAAUGGCGCGAUACGUCCGAUCCAAUCGACCGUAUUUUCGGAGCAACAGCUCGAGCAGAGUUUCAGAUUCAUCGCGGCGGGUAAGCACAUCGGCAAAGUGCUACUAAAGAUCCGUGACGAGGAACCAGAAAAGCGUGUAUCCUCAACACCGAAGACAAUAGCCGCGAUCUCACGUACUUACAUAAAUCCGGAGAAAUCGUACAUCCUGGUCGGCGGUCUUGGUGGGUUCGGAUUAGAACUGACCGAUUGGAUGGUCGCCCGCGGUGCCAAAGUCAUCGUUCUCGUGUCGCGUUCGGGCAUUCGCACCGGUUACCAGGCAUUGUGCGUGCGUCGCUGGCGUGAAAGCAAUGUGAAAAUCGUAGUCUCUACGACGGAUGUUACGACAUUGUCGGGUGCCGAACACUUAAUUCAAGAAAGUAAUCGGCUGGCUCCGGUAGGCGGUAUAUUCAAUCUGGCAGCUGUAUACCGUGAUGCUUUGAUCGAAGAUCUGAAAGAGGUCGAUUUUAAAGACGUCAUUUUGCCAAAAGUCGAUGUUACAAAGAGUUUUGAUACAGUAUCCAGACAGCUUUGUCCAUCGUUAGAUUACUUUGUGGUGUUUUCGUCCAUAUCGUGCGGUCGUGGCAAUAUUGGUCAAAGCAACUACGGCUUCGCGAAUUCGACUAUGGAGAGACUAGUGGAACAGAGGCAAGCUAGUGGUUUACCCGGGCUCGCCAUUCAAUGGGGUGCCAUCGGAGAUGUUGGCGUAAUCGUAGAAAUGAUGGGUGAUAACGACACCAAAGUGAACGGUACUCUACCACAACGCAUGUCGAGUUGUCUCGCGACGAUGGAUAUAUUCCUUCAACAACCAUACGCGGUGCUAUGUUCCACUGUUGAAAAACAGAAAGCUGAUUACGACAUCAAGGCUGACCUCAUCGUAACUAUUGCCAAUAUUCUAGGCAUUAAAGAUAUUAAAUCGAUUAAUCGCAACAGUACUUUGGUUCAAUUGGGUAUAGACUCGCUGAUGAAUAUAGAGAUCAAACAGACACUUGAAAGAAACUAUGACAUCCUGCUAUCUGCCCAAGAUAUUCGUGUCUUAACCUUCACCAAACUGCAAGAAUUAUCUUCGACUAGUAGUGAGAUAAUAAAAGAGCAGCAACCUUUCUCCGUUGACGCGGCCACUGUAGACUCUAAUGUAUCGCUCAACAUGUUACUGAUAAAGUGGCCGAGUAACGAGGUGUUGCCCAAAGAGGCGCUCGUUCGUUUGAAAACAAAGAAUUCUAAUGGACCGCCGUUAUUCAUCGUUCAUGGUAUCGAAGGUCUCGUUGCAUCGCUAGAACAUGUGGCCAGUGAACUCGAGAGACCAUUAUGGGGUCUGCAAAGCAUUGAGCAGGCGCCUCAUAACACGAUAUCGGAGUUGGCUGAAUUCUAUGUCAAUACCAUUAGAAAAAUUCAAAAAGAAGGACCAUACCACUUGGCGGCAUACGCGUUUGGAAGUUGCGUCGCCAUCGAGAUGACUCUGCAAUUGGAAUCCGCUGGGGAGAAAGUGAUUCUGAGUCUAAUCGAUGGAUCGCUGACAUUCGUGCGACAGCAUUGUAAUAUAAUCGGCAAACUGGAGUUGGAAAAUGGUAUUACUUCCGAAGGUUGUAUAAAGGUGCUGGCAUAUUUCAGCAUACAGUUUAACAAGAACAUUAGUUUCAUUCAAGCGUAUAAUAUUUUGAAGCAAAGUAAAUCGGAUGUGGAGAUGUUUGACAAGAUGAUAGAAGUGAUAGGCGACACACUGUUUACACAGGAUGAUCUAAAGAUUGCUGGAUACCUUUUAUUAAAGAAACUAGCGGCUACUGUAAUGUAUAACCCGACUAAGAAGAUCAAAGGACCGGUCACAUUGAUUAAAGCUACAGAGAACAUUUUACAUUUAGAAGAGGAUUACGAUUUAUCACAUAUUUGUAUACAACCCGUAAGAAUAAAAGAGGUACCCGGUAAUCAUAGGACGAUAUUGCUAGGAGAAAGUGCAAGGAAAAUCGCAAGUCUCUUGCGAGUGUAGUUUGCAGAAGAACACUCGUGUUACAAGUUCUAUUACCUAUUGAGAAACUUAUAUUGAGAAACUUACAUAGAUUACGAGAUUUUUCCAUUUUUUCCUGGGUUAACUACAGUUGCAGUCGGCAAUCCAUCUCUCAUAGCAAAAUGCUGAGAGAAGAAAUAAGACUCACACUGUAUAUAAUCACGGAAGUCUUCUUGUUUCGCACUGCACAUUUAAUAUUCAAACUAUGGUACAUUCUAAUAUUCCCUUUUAAUCAAUUUUUCACGCAUUUUUCUGUUGGUAACUGUCCACUACAAAUUCUGCAAUAGAAAAUGACAAAAAAUGUUAACAGACAAUUUGACAAUACUAGCGCACUACUAGUGCAUAAUAAAUCAAUUACAAUUAAACACGAGUAAGUUUAUGACGGAGAAUGAAAAAAUUAAUUCAAAAAAUAAACAUAGAAGAAACAAAAUAUCAAAUAUGUAAAAAAUAUAUAAUACAUAUUUAAUAGUUUUUGACAGAUAUUAAUUAAUUAAAAAAGAUUAUGGUUAAAAUAAUGUGACACAGAAACAUGAAAUAAGCACGUGCUGUUGGAAAACUGGCGCCGAUAUCUGCGCAAUAUUUGCGAAACGUAUACUAAAACACACAUACGAAGCACAAUGAUUUGAAGUGUGAGUUUACUAUAGUCAUUUAAGUGUGCAAUAAAAUCAUUUUUCCAGGCAGUUUUAAUGUACGUAUCUUAAUAAAAAAAUAUUUUAUUGUAAAAAAAUGACGUAGAGACACGAGAUAAGUAUGUUGUUACAAAAAUUGCUAUAUGUAUGCAAUAUCUGUGAAAAAUAAUAAAGCGAAACACGUUAAAACAA